UGGAGGAGCCGUUUGUAUGCGUUUUCUCUUUCCGCUCAGAAUUCGACCGUUGGAGCAACACACGAUACUAUCCGUUACCCAAAAAAGUGGGUUCCAAUUCCAACUACUAGUUGACCUUCGCACUUGGACAUCCCAGGCAAAUCUGAACAUUAAUCUCAGUUUGUAAAGAGAUUCACACACACACACACACGCGAACACCGACUGAUUGCGUGAGAAAGAAAAGAAGAAACACCCACUUUGUGUGUUUCCUUGUGGAAAGAAUGGUUGCAAGAAGCCCACCAAAGCAGCAGAGGAGGACGGCGGUGGUGGUGGCGCCGCCGCCCCUCAGUCCCACUCUUCUCAGGGAGACGGUUAAGAAGGUGGAUAAGUGUAUGGCCCGAUUGCAAGAGCUUCAACGCACAGUCAAUGGUGGGAGAAAAGUGGUGUCUGGUGUGAGUUUGAGUCCUCGCAGUAGCAGAGGCUAUUUACGAACAAGUCUCCGUUGUAAACAGGAGUCUCUCAGGAUAAAGAAUGCUAAUUCGCGAAGGUCUCCUACUGGAAAACUGCCAAUAUGUACAGAGGAGUGGCAAAGGAUGUCGUUGCCAGCAAUGCUUCUGGGAGAAACAAUGGGGGAAAUUCUACAAGCGAGUCAAUUUGCAAGAAACAUAGUGGAUGCAGUGUCUUCCAAGGCCAGAAAACCGGCAAUCGAUGACCCGAAAACUCCACUGGCUGAGAAUAGAAAGCAAAGAUCACCUACUUUGGAAAACUCGGGACUUCAAGCACGGAGGAGGAGAGAGAAACAAGUUGUGCUGCAGACGGUACGGUCCGAGUCCAAUGUGCCGUCUCUUCAAAGAGCUAAGUCUAGAAUAAACUUCAAGGGUUCUUCACCUGUGCAGAAUGGGAUUAGAGAGUGUGAUAAGGAGAACUGCAGGUACAUAGCCAACAGAAUUUCCCCGAGGAAUAAGCCGUGGGCUAGAAAGACAGUCCUAUUCCCCAAUCCGUUAUUUCAUUCAUCGCCCACGUCGAAGCAUCAGAAGUUUUGCAAGACUAAGUCGCCGGUGAUUGCAAGGAACCGACAAACUCCACAUAAGUUUUUGAUCAAGUCCCCUCCUGCUGCUGCCUCAAAGUUCCAAGUGAAGAUCAAAAGCCCUCCUCUCUCUAUUUCACCAACGCGGGCAGCCAAGAAAUCGCCAAAGGCGGCAUCAUCAACUGCAGCCAAGCUGCGACGAUCGUUUUCACCAUCCAGGCUGGCAAACAGGCUGGUUUCACCACUGAAAAGCAGAAAAUCUGUACAGAAGAAUGAGGAGGCGAAGAUAAUGAGUGGACUCAAGCAGCGUCCGAUGUCUUUCUCGAUCCGGUUCUCUCCUCGAAGGGCCUGAAAGUAUAUGUCUUCUUGUUGCUUUUAUAAGAUGGAGAUGUUCUUUGAGUUACAGAUAUUUCCUCAAUGUCCACUCUUGUGUAAAUUCUCUCAUAUUUGGUUGAUUCAAUUGAUAAAAGAUAUGUUUUUCAUCAUUUAACAAAUGUUGAAACUGAGGGUGUAUGCUUGAAUUUUCAAAAUAUAUAAUUACAGAAAA